GGCAGGGGUUCAUCUGGCCUCUUAGGACCCAGCUCUGGUGUCCUGCUCUCUUGUCUCUGCUCAUCUGCCUCAAUCCAGCGAGCCGGGGCUAUGAACGUCUCUGGCACUGCUCAUCCUCCCUCUGACUCCGGGUGCAUCUCCCUUCCGGUCCAGAAGGACUGUCUCGGCCUCCCUUUGCCAGUCCAGAUAGCCUCUUCCCGGCCUCCCUCCCCGGACGAGGAUCCCGGCUUGCCCCCCUUUUCUCUGGAAGAGUCUGGACCCAGGACUCUGGCUCUGAGGAAUCUUCGCUCCCCAGCAUUAUCAUACCUAGAGGAAGAAGAGGAGGAAGACGAUGAAGACGCGGUGGAGCCUGAGGGGUUGCUCAGCGAGGAGCACCCAAGCCAGUUCUUCACCGAGGCACAGCGGUUGCGGGAGCAAAGGUUGUUACUAGAUGAAGAGGUGUCAGUUGGGGGGCGAGUGUACGGGGUGCACCGAGUGGUCUUGGCCGCAGUCAGCAGCCUCUUCCGAGACCGGCUGUUGGAAGGCGGAGGUCUGCGGGCCCCCCUCGGCCUCGACGUAGCCCCCGGGGGCUGGGAGGCCGUGCUGACCUUUGCCUAUGAGGGGGUGCUUGGCCCCGCCCCUCGGGGGGAUGUGCUGGCUGCCGCAGAGGUUCUGGGAGCGCCCCGGGUGAAGGCCGCCGCCCAGCGGAGACGCGAGGGGGCUGGAAGCGCCCAGGAAGAUGAAAAGAAGCCCAGUCGUGUGGAGGAGCUGAGGGAGAAUCUGCGCGGCAUCGAGCUUCUAUACAGAGAGGGCGUCGGGUGUGACCUAGAGCUGGAGGCCAGAGGCUGCCGGCUGAAGGUGCAUCGAGCAGCCCUGGCCUGUGGCAGUGAGUUCUUUGGAGCCAUGCUCCUGAGUGGGAUGAGGGAAUCCCAGGGAACAGAGGUGUCUCUGCGCACCAUCUCUGCCCAGGACCUGCGACUUCUCGUCUCUUUUGCCUACUCCGGAGCUGUGCGGGCAACGUGGCCAGGACUGCUGAGGGCUGCCCAGGCCGCCCUGCAGUACCAGAGCUCUUCCUGCCUGGCUCUAUGCCAGAAAGGCUUGGCACAGGGCCUCAGCCCUGCCCGUUGCCUGGCCCUGUUCCCCAUGGCUGAAGCCCCUGGGUUGGAGAGGCUUUGGAAUAAAGCCCGUCACUACCUCCUCACCCACCUGCCCGCUGUGGCUUUAUGCCCCACUUUCCCCUUUUUACCAGCUGCCUGCCUGGCUGAACUCCUGGAAAGUGAUGAGCUCCAUGUGCAGGAGGAGUUUGAGGCUUUUGAGGCUGCACGGUGUUGGCUAGCUGCCAACCCUGAGACCCAGUAUUCAGAGGCCAAGGCCCUGCUGCGAUGUGUCCGCUUUGGCCGCAUGUCCACCAGGGAGCUGAGGAGGGUGAGGGUGGCUGGGCUUCCCCCACCCCUGUCCCCAGACCUGCUUCAUCAGUUGAUGGUGGAGAGUGAGGUUCCAGGUCAACAGAGGCGAAGGGAGCCCGACCGGGCACUGGUGGUAAUUGGUGGGGAAGGACUCACACCGGACAUGGCCACAGGACAGCCCUGCAGAGGAGUAUGGUGGGCCCGAGCCUUCUGCUGUGGCAUGGGACUGGUGCGAACUGUGGAAUGGGGGCGGCUGCCUGCCCUGCCUGCCCCAGGGCGCUUCCGGCAUGGGGCUGCGAGCCUGGCAGGGCGCGAACUCUACGUGUGUGGGGGACAGGAUUUCUACGGCCACACCAGCACCCUGGCUUCAACUCUCAGGUGGGACCCCAGUCAAGAGGACUGGAAGGAGAUGGCACCUUUGUGCCAGGCUCGGAGUUUUUUUCCCCUGGUGGUGCUGGAUGGACAACUUUAUGCUCUGGGUGGGCGAGAUAAUGGUAUUGCCCUCAACUCUGUGGAGACCUAUAACCCCAAGCUCAAUGUCUGGAGGCCAGCUCCUGCACUUCCAGCCCCAUGCUUUGCCCAUGCAGCUGCUGUUUUGGAAGGUCGAUUGUACGUGAGCGGUGGUUGCAGUGGAACUGGCCAAUACCUGGCCUCACUGCUGCACUACGACCCCAAACUUAAGAAGCCAGGGACACUUCUGAGCCCUAUGGGGAUACCACGGGCUGGCCACGUCAUGGCUGCUCUGGGUGGGAAGUUGUAUGUAGCAGGUGGGCUAGGUGAGACUGGGGACCUGCUGAGCUUUGAAACUUAUGAACUGGGUACUGAUAGCUGGACCCACCUGGAACCCCUUCCUUCCCCCCAUGUGGGGGCUGCAGGUGCUGUGCUGCAGGGGGAGUUACUGGUGUUGGGGGGCUACAGCUACCGUACUUAUGCCAUUUCCCACCUUAUCCACGCCUACUCUCCUGGCCUUGGCCGAUGGCUCUGCCUGGGAACUCUGCCGAGGCCUCGCGCUGAGAUGCCUGCCUGCAUUUUGACACUGCCCGCUGUGCAGCACAUAACUUUGGUUCCUGCCCUGCACCAGACUAAACCUUCUGGGUGAAGGAGAAGCAUCAGUGUGUGUAGGGAGGAAGG